AUUUUAAUAGACUUGGGGAAAUUGCCUGCUUCCUCAAACGCACAAAGCAGCUUUUAUUUGGGAUGUCAAUUUCUGUUGACAACUACCUAGUCUAUUAAGGUUUUUGUGACUUUAUUACUUAAGGUAUGUUAUAUAUAUAUUUUAACUAACAAAAUCAGUAAUGUUAAGAUUUUUGUUUGUUCCAGAUUUUCUUAAUUUGUGGCUGUCCAUUUAAAUGAUCUUCCCCAAACAUUCUUGUGAUAUUAUGGAUAAACUGCUUUCCUUCUCAUUCUGUCAUUACACACUAGUUUGUAAUACAUAUCUGAAUUUGUUUUUGUAAUGUCAUUAAAAUACUCCCGUUUCUUCAAGUUUGCGUUCUUCUGGGGUAUAUAUAUGUAUAACAGGUGAAUGCCCUCUAGUUAUGCUAAACCUUGCAGCUAGAAUUCUGUCAUUGAUAUAUCCGUAAUUUUUUAAACCUUUCCUAUGCCAUGAAUUUAAUAAUCAGGGUACCCUGAAGCUGGAGGAAUGUAUGCCUCCAAAUGAUUGGUACCAGACAACAGCACAAUGUUGUAACCCAGGAGACCACAGUCUGAAUAUUCAUCAUCCAGAAAUUCUGAAAUCCUACCUUUAUAAGCUAAAUUAAGUUCAUAUAUGCAGAUUUGUAUUAGAUGUAAUCUUUGCUGAAUUGGUAUUUGUUGACCUGGAACAUCUGUCAUAUUUCCACCAGUUGGUCCAAAUAUAGGAGUGUAAGUAGCUGCAGCUGGUAAUUUAUAUCUGCCACUCUACUACCCCAAAGGAAGUUGCUUUAAAGGAUGUGCAAGAGAAAUUAGGCAUCAGAAACUUUCUAGGUAUAAAGAGGGCCAUACGGUUAUUGCUUGUUACAGACAUUUUGUUAACGAUGUUAUUGUAAUAAGUAUUCCCAGAUGUGCAAGAAUUUACCUUCAUGCCCCCAUCUUAGCCUGUAUCCAUUAUGAGGUUGAUGACUUUAGUAAUGCUUAUAGGUUGUUCCUCAGUGGAUGUGUGUUGAUUAAUGCCGAUAAAAGAAAAGUAAAUGUGAAGAUUUAUGCAUUUUUAUGCAGUGAAGUUGUUUUGGGGGUGUGCAAGUAAAGAUUGCAUUCAAUUCGCAAGUUCCAACUGACAUUUGGUUACUUUACACGUUCGUUCCUUUCCAUUUGUAAUGCAAGAGUGUGCCACAAAGGUAAACGGCACAUGAACAUGUGAAGCAUAGAAAAGUUAUUCCCUCAGUUUUUUUAUUUUCUCGUGUUUCGCCGUUUCAUUUAGAGUUUGCAAGUCGAUAAAUAGGUACAUAACCAAGUCAAAACCUUUAAUUUUGCUAUUCAAUUCUAUUCCCAAAUUAUUGAAUCUCGGAGUGUGCGAGACUUGUCUGAAGACGUCAUUGCAGCAGUUUUGCUCGUGUUGAAUCUCGUAGUACGCUCGUAGUAUGCGAGAGUUGAGGGAAGACGCGAUUUUAACAAAUUUUUGGCAAUAUUGUCUGCUUUGUUCACAUCCAUCCCAACGCACAUCUGCUGAGUACCCCAUGAAGUUGGUAAAAAUGUUACUUCAGUAAUCUGAUACUGUGUACAGUGUGACAGAGAUUCAGGAGGAUGUCGAGUAUCGAGUUGAGUUCAGUGCUGGAGGAUAUAGCAUGGCUGUCCAGGUGUCCCUGUGCCCAGAAUUCCCUCGAAAGAGGCCUGUGCUCAAAGUCUCACCACAGAUUGACCAUCCAUGGGUUAAUGAACAAUCUGAGAUUAUAAGUGCACCUGGACUUGUCAAUUUCACUGUUCACUCCGAUCUGGGUCGUGUUGUGCAGGCAAUAAUCCGAGAAUUUGAACGUAGACCACCAGAUCUUAUUGGAGAGUCAGCUGGAAGAUUGCCUGCCACCCACCAGAAAGGACAAGAGGCAUGUACCAGUGGGCACACAUCCCCUGCUCACAUAAUGCCAGCAUUUUCUCAGCCACGGGCACUCUCAUUCCCAGAGCUCCAGGACUUGUCUACUGCAGAGCUGGAACACCUGAGCCAGAGCCAGGACAGACUAGACGACUUCAUUGACAAGCUGCCUGUAGUGCAGAAGCUUAACAACAAUGUGGAGGACAUGAUCACCAGAAAUGAGGAGCUGGCCAAGGAAAACCUGUCAAAACAGCCACGGCUGGAGGAGCUGGGCUACAGUGUACGAGAGAAACUGGAUGCUCUUGCAGUCCUGAAGAAUUCGUAUGAGAGUCUCAGCCAGGAGUACCAGCGGCUGUCAGACAGAUAUGCUCCAGGCAGUAUCAAGGAGUCGCUCAGGUUGGCAGCCCUGCACAGUGAUGAAGAGAGUGAACGGAUUGCAGAACAGUUCCUAGGUGGCAGAAUGAGCGUAGAGCAGUUUGUGAGCAUAUACCUCCAGAAACGAACAGUGAGCCAGAUUAGGAAAACCAAAGAAGAGAAACUAGGCAGUCAGCUGAGUGAGUUGCAGAGAGCAGGCUACUGAGCUGCAGAUGGUGGUACAGUCCCUGUUAUGACGUAUUGACCCACUGUCAUAUAAUCGGAUGCUGCAGGGGGCAAUAAAGAAACAGCAGAAAUGUCAGUCCAUGUGUUCUUGAGUGGACUAAAGAAUUACUCAGUUAUUUGAAAAAGAGACAGCAGAUCCAAUAAUACUGACUUCCAUGAAAAGGUAAUCUUUACUGUGUAUCAAGGUUGCACUACCAAAAUGUGAACCCACAUUCCUUGAAUUCUCUCUGCAGCAGCAUGUGGUAAAGUCAGCUGGAUGCUCAUGUGGUCUGGGGCUCAUCUUCUGGAAUAUUUUGAGUGUGGAUGGAUGGUUGCAAUUUUUAUGUGCAGGUAAGGAUUAUGGAGUUAGCCAGUAAUGUGCAGGUGUCGAAUGACAUGAACCUAAGGAAGUGAUUCCAGAGGUCAUUCUGAGUAAAAAAGUAUUGGGUCAACAUAAGUCCUGUUCUCAAUAGUGUUAAAAUUAUGGGUAUCUGAAAUGUAAGGAGUUUUUUUUAUUGGAGAAAGGAUUGUUAUUGGGAAAGAGAGAAAAUGAUUGCUAUAUGGUUUUCAUUGGUCAAAGUAAUUGUUCAAAAUAUCUACCAUCUGCAUGACUGCACAUGCAGGUUUGUUUCGCUAGUAACAUGUACCCUCACGAGAAACUAACUGUUGCUAAUGUUUUGUGGCAUAAAAAAUUCACUGAAGUAGUGUCCACUUUGCGUUCAUGUACAUGAUAAUUUAAGGGCCUGAGAUCCAGUAAACACAGUGUUAAAAUCAGCAUACCACUGCAACCAAUCCUUUGGCAAGGUAACUGUUCAUUUAGAUAAUGUGUGACAUUUCUACCAAAAAACAA